UCGGCCGUCUAGUGUUGUUGAGGCUGAGCACUGGCGUGUUUCGAGAGUCUCCUCUGUCCCGGACCGCAGAUCCCAGUGGGUAUUGCCCUCCCCACCAGGACCUGGAGCAUCCCGACCCUCAGACCUUCUGGAUAAAGAAUUUCUGCCCAUCCUACAGGAGGAGCCCCUGCUGCCAUUGGCUCUUGUGCCCUUCACGGAAGAAGAGCAGGUCCCAGACCUACAGCACCAAGGAGAUCAGUUUGCAGCUGAGCCAGAAAGAUGGUCAGACCAUCGAGUGGAUUUUCAUUGACGCCGGGGCCUUCACAGAAAACGGCGAGUGGGUGAUCCGGCACUGGCCAGCCACGAUGCUGCUGGACAAGGUGUCCCCAGCCGAGGAGGCAGGCCGCCAGAAGGUCGUCUUCUACCUGUUCAUCCAGCGCAAGCGCCUCUUCUACGUCAUCAACAUCAUCACGCCCUGUGUCCUCAUCUCCUCCGUGGCCAUCCUCAUCUGCUUCCUUCCUGCCAAGGGAACGCCAUGCAGGCCUGUGUGGAGACCUGCAACCUCAUUGCCCGCACCCAGCACCAGCAGACUCACUCUGACAGUGGGAACCAGGAGUGUUCCGGUGGGCCGAGUGCUGGAUCAAGUCUGCUUCCUGGCCAUGCCCUCACCCUUUGUCUGUGGCACUGCUGGCAUCUUCCUCACGGCCCACUACAACCGAGUGCCCGCCCUGCCAUUUUCUGGGGACCCCCACUCCUGUCUGCCCUCCUCUGACUGAGCUGACGGAUCACCGCUAGCCAUGUGGAGUCUUAUCAGCUGUGUUCUGAUGCUGAGGUCAUGAGUAUGCUCUUCGGGAAACACCCUUGGGGGAUAUGUGAGAAAAGUGGGAGAAAUAGAGACAGAGCUGGAACCCCAGAGUGGUCGGGGCUGGGAUGUGGGCAGAGUGCACUAGUGGAAUCAGCAUGCACGAGGCACUGGCUUGCUUGUCCUGGCACUCUCCUGACUUCAGCGAAGUGUUGUCAACUCCCAUCACUUCUGAAGCCCUUCCAACUCUGUUUAUCCUGUCCCCUGCUAGACACGGCCCUAGUCCUCCAGGCCUGGGCCUCCCUUCCCUUUUACAAGUUCCCUGCAGCCUCUUGAAAGAGGGGAGUCGAGAGAAGUGAAGAGUGGCGGCCAAUGCUCUUUCGAAAGAAGGGAGGCAGCCCACUCCAGCUGGCAUCUGCCUGCCUUCUGGGGGCUGUAGGCACCAAAUAUUUUAUGAGUUUUACUCUCUUUUUUCAUUGUCAAGAGCUCCUCAUAGCAUCACGGAUAAGCAAGAGUCACUAUUCCUCUAUGUUUAGGUUGGGCAAAUUGGGGCCUAGAGUAAGAGGGGCUUGCCAGAACAAUGAUGAAUAAAUAAGGUUUGGAGUUCAGAAUUCCCAACUCUGACCUAAUCUUAGACAUUCUAAGAAAGUUCUAUGGCUUGUGAAAUGACUCGUCUUCCUUCUUUUCUCAAAGGCCAGGGAAUUUGCACUGGUCUGAAGGGAUGGUUAAGAAAGAGCUAGGGUGGGAAGGAGGGAGCCUGAGAGGAGACCCUGACCAGCCUCCCUGGCCCAUUAGAAAACAAGGUAGCUAGCUGGUCUUUGGGGCAGGCGGGGUGGGGGCGGUGUCGGUAAGGCCUUGCUUUUAGAGUAUGGCUGGAGCCUGAGGCCUGAGUUCUACUGGUGACAAGACACAAGCACAUUUUGUGCUUCCUGAACCUGUGUCUUCAUCUGUGAAUAUGGGCACAAAUAUCAGUUCCUAUCCACCUUCAUCACAGGAUCAAAGGUGCCAAUGAAGAUUAAAAAAAUGUUACAGUGUCACAUAAACACCUGACAAUGGGACAUUGUUGUGGGGGGAAGAGACCCCGGAAAUAGCCAGGGUUGCUGGCUUUUGGGAUCACUCAUCAGCAGGUUCAUUGCAUUUACUCCAGAGCGUGUGUGUGCGCGCUGCACGCACUGCUGUGCAUUUGGAGCAGCAG